GGCUCCGGUCGCUGAUGACGAGUGCCACCACCAACAACACCGCGCUCUCCCGCGACUCCUUGACGCAGAUACGUACCAUCCUCAAAGAAGAAACCCCGGCGACGAGGCCACUUUCUCAGAGAAGAAACCUUUCCAAGACGGCGCUGGGAAUUCUCGCCAGUAAAAGGCAGGCCUAUGAUCGACAGCAAAGCUUGAUCCGUGGCAGUAUCGAAAAGCUGCUGCGGGAAUACGCCCGUGGCCAUCCUUCCGAACCAAAAUACAAGCUGGAUUUUAUAUGUGGCUCGGCCUUAGCUGAUCACCCUCGCUACGGCAAAUUCUACCAUGUCAAUUUCAUGGCGACCACCAAAUCCGCAUCCGGGAACACACUCUUCUUUGCCCAAUUCAUGGCGUAUCACGAUUACCCCAAGACAUCCAUCUGUUGCCCUCUGCCACAGGCGUAUGAUACGGGUCGUUGCUAUUAUGGCCGGGAGUCGGCGCGUAAGCUCGCGUAUCCAGACCAUUCUGUCGACUACUUCUCCUCGAUCGACAUUACUGAUGGCGGACUCGAUAACACGGAAGACACGCUAGACACCGACUUUCUGUACUUCGACUCGGAGAGGGACGUGGAGCUCGCCAAGGUAUUGCAGAGAAUGGCAAAGCAAGAUGAGGCCAGGCAAAGGUCUGAAAGGUUUGAUCAAUGGCACAUGGCUCCCUUAUGCUAAUGCUAAUUAGCUC